UGGGUGAUGCGAUCUUCAGUUAGGCUGAUGUUACUAAGCUGGAAUGGGGCUCAAGUAGGAAAAAGGCAAAGAAAGCUUGGUUAGCUUCCCCAUUGUGUCUUUUCUGGACCAUUUGGUGUGAAAGAAAUCAGAGGGCUUUUGAAGAUGUGAAAUUCUUGGAUCAAUUGCUAAAAUCCUCUUUUUUGCUUUCCUUCUUGGAUUAUGUUAGGCUUUAUAUAGAAGGAAGGUCUAUGUCUUUGAUUGAUUUUAUUGAUUGGUUAUGAGCUAAGUAAUUGUUGGGCAGGUGGUAUUUUCCUCUCUUUGCCCCCUUUCUUUGUCCUUUUCACUGGGUUCUCUUUGUAUGUUCCUGGUGUACUUUGGCGAGCCUAAGUGUUUCCGUUUUGUAUCACCCUUUUAUGUUUAUUGUUGCUUAUAUAAAAAACUUGUAUGUUACCUUUGAUUGUUUCUAAAAAAGCAACCAAAAACCAAAAUAUUAACAUACAUAUAUUUAAACCUCUCAUAACAUGCCAAACAAUAUCCUCUUCCUUUGUUUUUUAUAGUAACAUCUCUAUUUUUUGGAUAAGAAACAGAUUACUAGAGUGGCAUUUGUCUUUUUGUCUAUAAAAUUUGUAAAGAAUUGAUGUGAAAGUGCCAUUUAGAUUUCAGGUUUCAAAUAAAAGUUAAUUUUUUGCUUUUUAUAUUCAAACAAAAUAUUUGAAAGUAAGACUUAAAAACAACAAACUAUGCUAAAAGCCUAAAACAUCUAAAGUCUUAAUUGGCUUUAGACAAAAAACAACAAAAAAUGGUCUUCAUCUCAUGAAAAAUGAAAAAUCAGUAUAAAAUGAUGUUAUCCUUCAGAAAGGCAUGUAUCUACCUAAAAGGAAAGGAUAAAGAAGGAAAAAUAUAGGAGAACCAAGGUGGUGAAAAAUUUCCAAAAAAGAUAUCAAGUAAGAGGUGUCUCGUUUGGCCAAGCUAUCUGCUAAUCAAUGAAUAAUAGAUGAAGUGCCUUAAAGCUUUAGCCAAGUCUAUAGUUUUAUGAACUGUCCUAUCAAACUUCCAUAAACUACUCUUCCCUCGAGAGACAUCUCUUCCCUUUCAAUAAUGUCUUUUGUGGCUUCUAAAGUUACAUUUAGAAUUCCAUGUUUUUACUACAGUGGUUGAGGAUGUGGGAAGUCUUCUCCUUUCUAGACAAUAGAUUCUUAUUCCUUCUUAGUACAUCUCUUUAUUUACUAACUAAAAAAUUUCCAUGUUUUGAUACUAAUUGCAACCUUUUUUCACAAGUGCUAUUGAUGGUUAUACCAUCAAUAUUUCCAUGUCUUUUUAGUGUUUGACAUCUUUGAGUGCUGAUGUUUUAUCCCUUGGUUGAAGGUAUCAGUGGGAUGUAUGAGAUAUUUUGACUGUGAUUAACAUAAGGUUUUGAGUUGGACUCAUGAGACACAUGAAAAACGAUACAAGGUAACCCUUAAAAUGAUUCAGGGAUUCUUCUUUAUGAUUUUUGGAAAUUACUAUUUUUCUCAACCCCCUAGAUGGUGUUACUUGUGUCGAUGUUGUAUGAUCCUAGGAUGGUGGUGUACACUGAAGGAAGGUGAACUAGUGGUCUACUCUUUUGGAUUUGUGGGAAAUAGUAGUUAAAGUUGUGGCAAAAGGAAAAAAGAAAUUACAAAGUGGGAAAAGGAAGAGAAUAUGAAAAAGAGAUGACAGGAAAAUUUUAGAAUUUCACUAAGGCUUUCUAGGACUCUCACCUGUAAGAGAAACAAUGUAUUCUCACUUAAAAAAAGGAAGAAGAAGAAGAAGAAGAAAGUUUAGUAUCAUUCAUCAUCCUCACUGAUGCCAAAUGAAUUAUGGUACAAGAUUAAUGAGCUGUUUAAGGCUUUAAUAUCUAUCAACUUCAACAUCUAAUAGUGUAAUUAACAGAGCUAUUGAAAGCAAAUUCAGUUUGUGGUAAGAUGUUGCCCUAACUUUACAAGUGAUCCCUCACAACGCACAGCAAGAGAUUAACAAUGCAGAAGUCCAUGUAAUCAAAUUAUGCCGUUGAAGAACAAGUCAGGCACAUUAGAAGCACCUUCCAUGAUAUAAAAUGAAUCAUUAUGGAAAAUUGGUCAACCACAACAAGCAUGGAAGCAAAACCCUGUUUUUGGCAGUCCAAGUACCAAAUCCAUGCUCAAGCCUUCCCAAGAUUUGGUUGGAAAAGGAACCCGUAGGGAAGUCAUUGGCAACCAUAGAUGCCUUUUACAGAUAAGUACCCAUCCAAAAUCUGGAAAUCAGUUUGUGGUACCCCUCUGUAUUUGUAUUUAAUAUUUCUUUACUCAAUGCAUAAAUUUCAUGGUUCAUUAUGAUAUUUGCUUCUUUGAUCUUUAGCUGUGAAAAAACAGAUACUGCUCUGAUAAAAAAAAAAAAGAAAAGAUACUGCUGCCAUGAUCGAUGUCCCAUUGUCUAUGUUCAUUUGCAGCUCUUUGCUGGAAAUGAUGCAGAUGAAUUUAGUUCAAUUCUGAAUCGGAAAUCUGAUCCAAAGAUAUUGAUCACCACCUGCCGUUUUAAUUCUACUAGAGGACCUGCUUUUAUAUCCGAACUGCUAUCGGUGAUCCCAAAUGCUCAUUACUAUAAGAGAGGAACCUAUGACCUGAAAAAGAUUGUAGAAUAUGCCAAAAAAAAGGACUUCACUUCUCUUAUAGUAGUUCAUACCAACCGCAGGGAACCAGAUGCUCUUCUAAUCAUUGGCUUACCAGAUGGACCUACUGCCCAUUUCAAGCUCUCAAAACUUGUUUUACGCAAGGAUGUCAAGAAUCAUGGAAACCCAACGAGUCACAUACCUGAGCUAGUGCUGAAUAACUUCACAACACGUUUGGGUCAUCGUAUUGGGAGGAUGAUACAAUCACUUUUUCCCCAAGCUCCAAACUUCGGUGGGCGUAGAGUUGUGACCUUCCACAAUCAGCGUGAUUUUAUAUUCUUCCGCCAUCAUCGGUAUAUUUUUGAAAGCAAAGAAAGUAAACAAGGUGAUUCAAAAGGUAACAAAGACAAGGAUGCCAAGGGUGAAAAAAGCUCUCGAGGAAAAGUGGUUGCCCGUCUUCAGGAGUGUGGCCCUCGGUUCACGCUGAAGCUAAUUAGUUUACAGCAUGGAACAUUUGAUACCAAAGGUGGAGAAUACGAGUGGGUUCACAAGCCGGAGAUGGACACAAGCCGCAGGAGAUUUUUCUUGUGACCUGUUUUCAGUUUUAUUCGUUGUCAUGAAAGAUCAGAGUUUUUGGUGCAUUGGAAACUUCUACUUGACUUCCGGGGUUUCUGAAAUUUUGAUAUAUGCUGCAUCAUGUACCAUCUGUUAGGCUGAUUUUGAAUUCAACACAAAAGGCCAAACUGAAAUCACAGAUUAGGGUUUUGGUUUCCUGUUUGAGAUUCAAGACAACCUCUUCUCAUUAUCUGCAGUAUGGAUGAUCAUUUGUAUUAGUUGCUCAAACUGUAAUGGAACAUUGUUCAGACCUGGAGAACUUAAAUGAGUAGAGCUAUUUUUUGGUUA